GGAGUAUCGGCGCAAUGGCCGCGGCCGAAGCCAUUCUCCGUUGCUGAGAUUAGAAAGAUUCUUUCAGCACAUCGCCCAGUUGACAUCACCUCUGCCCCACGCCGCCAGUGCCGCUACCACACCCAGUUCCACUUGCUUCCGGCUCGGAGACGCAGAAUCUACUUAUUCAAACAACCCCCACCACCUCUCACCACUUGUCCUCCAUCAACCUUCAAUUGCUCUGAAUUGCUGCGCGCCAGGUCGUUGCAGCUCUACCCCGCUAUAGUCUUCAGACACCCCUCACUCAACAACCCACUUCCACAACACCCAGAUCGCAAACAUGUCUGAGGCCGUCGGUGACUUUGGUUUGAUCGGUUUGGCCGUCAUGGGUCAGAACCUGAUCCUCAACGCUGCUGACCACGGUUUCACCGUUGUUGCCUUCAACCGAACUGUUGCUAAGGUUGACCGUUUCUUGAACGAUGAGGCUAAGGGCAAGUCUAUCGUUGGUGCUCACUCUAUCAAGGAGUUCUGCGCCAAGCUCAAGAAGCCCCGCCGCAUGAUGAUGCUCGUCAUGGCUGGAAAGCCCGUUGAUGACUUCAUUGAGCUCCUCCUGAACGAGGGUGGCAUUGAGGAGGGCGACAUCAUCAUCGACGGUGGUAACUCCCACUACCCCGACACAAACCGCCGUACCAAGUACCUCGCACAGAAGGGUAUCCGCUUCGUCGGUACCGGUGUCUCUGGUGGUGAGGAGGGUGCCCGCUACGGUCCCUCCAUCAUGCCUGGUGGUAACGAGGAGGCCUGGCCAUACAUCAAGGAUGUCCUCCAGUCCAUCUCCGCCAAGUCUGAUGGCGAGGCCUGCUGCCAGUGGGUCGGUGAUGAGGGUGCUGGUCACUACGUCAAGAUGGUCCACAACGGUAUUGAGUACGGUGACAUGCAGUUGAUCUGCGAGGCCUACGACAUCAUGAAGCGCGGUCUUGGUCUCAGCAACAAGGAGAUUGGUGACGUCUUCGCCAAGUGGAACACCGGUGUCCUCGACUCUUUCCUCAUUGAAAUCACCCGCGACAUCAUGUACAAGAACGACGAGGACGGUGUUGCCAUCGUCGAGAAGAUCAUGGACUCUGCUGGACAGAAGGGUACCGGCAAGUGGACCGCUAUCAACGCUCUUGAUCUCGGUAUGCCCGUUACUCUUAUCGGAGAGGCCGUCUUCGCCCGCUGCCUGUCCUCGCUUAAGGCUGAGCGUGGCCGUGCUGCUGGUCUCCUCGACGGACCCAGCCCUAGCUUCUCUGGCGACAAGCAGGCUUUCAUCGACAACCUUGAGCAGGCUCUCUACGCCUCCAAGAUCAUCUCGUAUGCUCAGGGUUUCAUGCUGAUCCAGAACGCCGCCAAGGAGUACAACUGGAAGCUCAACAAGCCUGAGAUUGCCCUCAUGUGGCGCGGUGGAUGCAUCAUCCGCUCCGUUUUCUUGAAGGACAUCACCAAGGCCUACCGUGCCAACCCCGACCUCGAGAACCUGCUCUUCGAUGACUUCUUCAACAAGGCUAUCCACAAGGCUCAGGCCGGCUGGAGAGACGUUGUCUCCAAGGGCGCUCUCUGGGGUAUCCCCACACCCGCUUUCAGCACCGCGCUCAGCUUCUACGACGGUUACCGCGCCAAGGACCUGCCCGCCAACCUGUUGCAGGCCCAGCGUGACUAUUUCGGUGCCCACACCUUCCGCAUCAAGCCCGAAUACGCCAACGAGCAGUACAAGGAGGGCCAGGACAUCCACGUCAACUGGACAGGAAGGGGUGGCAACGUUUCUGCCUCCACCUACAACGCUUAAUUUGAUGACUAUACCAGGAUUGAUAGAGGGAAGCACGGCGCUGCUUGAAAUUUGGGCAUGAAAAAUGAUGGAUACGAUGUAAAUGACAGUUCGAAUCCAGAAUGAAAUUGAUUUGCGUACUUUG